AUGUCACUCACUCUCAAAGUCAAUAUCGAUGACGACCAAGUCGCUUUCCUGAAGGAACAGGGCUACUACCUCUUCCUUGCGAAACUGGUGCAGGGUCAAUCCCAAGCCAACGUGAUUUGGGAGAGUAAUUCGGCGUACGUUGCUAACAACGAGUUCGCAUGGCGACCAGUCUACGCUAUCGCUGGGUCAGAAACCGUGGAGCCAGGCAUCCAAGUCGUAGGUUCCACAGGCCAGCCAUUCACGUUCUCCAACAUGGAUGCCGAUACCGAUUUUGCCGCAGCCGUUUACACCGGGGACCCAUCCAACCCAACAGCUAAUCUCUCGAAUCCCUUCUUCAUCAGCAAAUCUCUUGAACAAAACUUCAGCGUCGAUAUCUUGCCGAUCGAGACCGUGGUGCUUUGGUUUGGAGAGGCUCAGAAAACCAGCACGAUCAUUGCAGAAUAUUCCGGCCCCGCUUUGACGGCUGUUUAUGGGGAGGGAGACAGUAACCACACCGCUCAGUGGACGAAAAAAGGUUGGGAGCUGAUUAAUUGA